UGAGUCUUUCUCCCUCCUCCUCGCUGGUUUAUAGAGAGGGAGCCUCGCUGUCCGUCCGCCACCUCAAAUUAGCCAUUGCCGGUGGCUGUAACCUCUCUUUCCGCCGUCGAUGUACCGUUUCCGCUGUCGUAGAGGUGCUUUCUACUUUUUAGUCUAGUGGUAGUUAAAGAUAUUAAAAAAAAACAUGGAGAAGUUCAUUCCGGCGGAGUUCGAUUUGCCGCCCAAGGGGCGGUCGGAGGAGGCAAUUAGGAGGUGGAGAGAAGCCGUCGGAAAACUGGUGAAGAAUCGUCAGAGGAGGUUUCGCUACGCCGCCGAUCUCGAGAAGCGUUCCGAAGCCAAAGAGCAGAUGCGAAGGCUCAGAGAAAGCAUUCGUGUCUGUUUCGUGGCUUAUACAGCUGCUCUCAGGUUUCUUGACGUAGGUGGAUUGGGGAAGAAAUUCCCAGACUCAAAUGAACAUUCGGAAGAAGACACAGGAAUGGACGUUCAAAAUGGUCUUGAAGAAGAAGCUAAACGUGCCGGGCUUAGAAUUCAUCCGGACAAACUUGCAUCGAUUGUUUCUUCAUAUGAUAUCAAGACCUUAAGAAAACUUAAAGGCGUUGAUGGACUUGCCGAGAAACUGAACGUUUCGCUAGAUAAAGGCGUGAAUUCGAAUGAAAUCACUACGAGACAAAACAUAUACGGCGCCAAUCGUUACACGGAGAAACCUCCUAAAAGCUUUUGGAGGUUCGUGUGGGAGGCUUUUCAGGAUCUGACUCUUAUCAUACUUACCUUUUGCGCGGUCGUAUCUAUCGCAGUCGGGCUUCCUACUGAAGGGUUUCCGGAGGGUAUGUUCGACGGGUUGGGAAUAAUACUCAGCAUAUUUCUGGUGGUCAUGGUUACUGCAACGAGUGAUUAUAAGCAGUCGUUGCAGUUCCGAGAGCUGGAUAAGGAGAAGAAAAAAAUUUCAGUCCAGGUAAUUAGAGAUGGAAUGCGACAGAAAAUCUCGAUAUAUGAUUUGGUCGUUGGAGACAUUGUCCAUCUAUCAAUUGGCGAUCAAGUCCCGACGGAUGGAAUAUUUAUAUCAGGGUAUAACUUGUUGAUCGAUCAGUCGAGUUUAACCGGAGAAAGUGUGCCGAUAAACAUAUAUGACAAAAGGCCGUUUUUAUUAGCCGGGACGAAAGUUCAGGACGGGUCGGCUAAGAUGUUGGUGACGACUGUUGGCAUGAGAACCGAAUGGGGAAAGCUGAUGGAGACGUUAAGCGAAGGGGGCGAAGACGAGACUCCGCUGCAGGUUAAGCUAAACGGCGUCGCAACGAUUAUCGGUAAAAUUGGGCUGUUGUUUGCUAUCUUGACAUUCCUGGUCUUGCUCAUCAGAUUCUUGGUCGAAAAGGGACUUCGACACGAGUUUACGAAAUGGUCGUCGGAUGAUGCUUUGCUGCUUUUGGAUUACUUUGCAACUGCGGUGACGAUAAUCGUCGUCGCAGUUCCGGAAGGAUUGCCUCUUGCCGUGACUCUAAGUCUCGCGUUUGCGAUGAAAAAACUGAUGAAAGACAAGGCACUUGUUAGGCAUCUUUCCGCCUGCGAAACGAUGGGUUCGGCGACUUGCAUUUGCACGGAUAAAACGGGGACGUUGACGACGAACCACAUGGUGGUCGAGAAAAUAUGGGCUUGCGGUAAAGCCAAGCGAGUCGAUUCGAGUAAAGGAAAGGAUACGUUGGAUGACGACGUAUCGGAGCAUGUAUCAUCCGUUCUAUUGCAGGCGAUCUUCAACAAUACCGGUUCCGAGGUAGUCAAGAACAAAGAUGGAAAGCUAUCGAUCCUUGGUACACCGACAGAAACUGCAAUACUCGAAUACGGACUGCUUUUAGGCGGCGAUUACAACGAGCAGCGCAAGACAUGCAAGAUUUUGAAAGUCGAACCGUUCAAUUCCGAGAAGAAAAAGAUGUCCGUGCUUGUCGCUCCUCCGGAUGGCAAUGUUCGCGCGUUCUGCAAAGGUGCGUCGGAGAUUAUAUUGAAAAUGUGCGACACGAUUAUUAAUGCCAGUGGAGAGACGGUCCCGCUGUCCGAAGAACAAGUCGGCGAUGUUACCGACGCCAUCAACGGGUUCGCCUGCGAUGCUUUGCGUACUCUCUGCCUGGCUUUUAAGGAUAUCGACAACGGUGACAUCGUCGACAAGGAUAAAAUCCCGGAAUCGGGAUAUACGUUGAUUGGUAUUGUCGGGAUAAAGGAUCCCGUUCGUCCGGGAGUUAGGGAAGCUGUUAAAACUUGCUUAGCGGCUGGAAUAACCGUGCGCAUGGUCACUGGCGAUAACAUUAACACGGCUAAAGCGAUUGCGAAAGAAUGCGGUAUACUUACAGACGGCGACUUAGCUAUUGAAGGUCCCGAAUUUCGCACCAAGAGUCAGCAGGAGAUGAGCCAACUAAUCCCGAAACUUAAGGUUAUGGCGCGAUCGUCGCCCACGGACAAGCAUGUUUUGGUAAAGACGUCGAGGAGCGUUCUCAAAGAGGUCGUCGCAGUAACGGGCGACGGGACGAACGACGCUCCGGCUUUGCACGAGGCAGACAUCGGACUCGCCAUGGGCAUUGCCGGGACGGAGGUUGCGAAAGAAAGCGCCGACGUGAUCGUGCUGGACGACAACUUCGCAACCAUCGUAAACGUCGCGAAAUGGGGCCGAUCGGUGUACAUCAACAUCCAGAAGUUUGUACAGUUCCAACUCACAGUCAACAUCGUUGCGCUUAUGAUCAAUUUCAUAUCCGCCUGCGCCUCCGGAUCCGCUCCCCUUACGGCCGUUCAGCUGCUUUGGGUCAAUCUGAUCAUGGACACUUUAGGCGCGCUCGCGCUAGCCACCGAGCCGCCCCAUGAAGGUCUUAUGCAGAGGCCUCCGGUUGCAAGAACCGAAAGUUUCAUCACGCGGACAAUGUGGAGGAAUAUCAUCGGGCAGAGCGUUUAUCAGCUCGCCGUCCUGCUUGUUCUUAAUUUUCUCGGAGAACAGUUGCUGGAACUCUCCGGCUCCGACGCAAAAAUGGUGAAGAAUACUUUCAUAUUCAACACGUUCGUCUUUUGCCAGGUAUUCAACGAAAUUAACAGCCGGGACAUCGAAAAGAUCAACAUCUUCCGUGGGAUCUUAGGGAACUGGGUAUUCAACGGGAUCAUUUUCGCCACGGUAGUUUUCCAGGUAGUCAUAAUCGAAUUCCUCGGCACUUUCGCCAGCACCGUUCCCCUAAGCUGGCAGCUAUGGUUGCUAAGCGUCGCCCUCGGGGCAGUCAGCUUGCCGCUUGCCGUUGUCAUCAAGUGCAUUCCCGUUACCCGGCGCCCCGAUGCUUCUAAAAAUCGCGGCGACGGCUACGAACCACUCCCGAGUGGCCCCGACGCCGCCUAGACGAAUGGCGGCACACGUGUGGCUCCUUCUAGAAGGGAGAAAAAAGAUUAUAAAUGAAUGGAAUAAAUGGAGAGAGAGUUUGGUGAUCAUUUUGGGAAAGAGAUUGGAAUUAGUUAAGUGUUAAAUUUGGACAAUUAUUUUGAUGUUUAAUUAUGCUAUGCUAUGCUUCUUGGGUUUGUAUUUACUUCAAAUAUUUUGUUAUUUGGUAGUUUUCUUAUUUUGUUUCAUA